AUGGAUUCACAAUACAAGACUAUUCAUCCUGUAAAAUAUUUACAAGACCACUUGGCACAAGAUGUUCGACCAGAUGGAAGACAAUUCUUAUCUUUCCGUCCAAUAAGUGUAAACAUUUCAUCAAUUACUCAUGCUGAUAGCUCUGCUAUAUUCAAAAUUGGCAAUACAACAAUUGUAUGUGGCAUUAAAGCUGAACUAGCAACACCAAAAGCAGAAUUUCCAGGAUUUGGUUAUAUUGUGCCAAAUAUUGAACUUCCUCCAUUAUGUUCUCCAAAAUUUCGACCAGGUCCACCAAGUGACCAAGCACAAGUCAUUACAAAAUUAGUAGAAAACAUUUUGCGAAAUUCGGCAAUUAUUGAUACAAAAGAUCUUUGUGUUUGUAAGGGUAAAUUAGUGUGGGUCUUAUAUUGUGAUCUUGUAUGUAUCAAUUAUGAUGGUUCAGUAAUUGAUGCCUGUAUUGGUGCACUGACAGCUACACUUAAUACUUUAACAUUACCAGAAGCACUUUACAAUUUAGAAACUGGAAACGUAUCUGUACAUUCUACGAAAAGAAUACCAUUUCCAGUUAAAGCAUCACCAGUUUCUGUAACUUUUGCAAUAUUUGACGAUCAGUUAUUAAUUGCUGAUCCUACUGAUGAUGAAGAAAGUUUAUGUUUAGGAAAAUUAACAAUUGUAAUGAAUGAAGAAAAAAUUUGUUGCAUACACAAGCCUGGUGGAAUUCCAAUAUCCCAAGAUUUAUUUUUAAAAAGCUUCAGUAAAUGUAAAAAAAGAGCAGAGUUGGUAAGAUCAUUAAUUGAAGCUGCUAUAUCGUCAAAUGUGCAAGAAACAUUGAGAAAGUAA